AUUGUCAAGCUUCUUCUUGAGCGUGGGGCAAACCCGAACACCGAAGGAGGUCGAUAUGGAUAUGCUAUUAUCGCUGCCUGCGAAAGCGGCGGCGGCGAUGAUGAUAUGCUAAAAGACAAGGCUCUGGAUUGCGUAAACACUCUACUCGAAUAUUGUGUUGAUGUAAACCAAAAGGGGGGCGCAUUGCACACGCCGCUUCAGAUGGCAGCUUACCAAGGAGACGUGGAACUUGUGGAACGAUUCUGCAACCAUGGUGCCGAUAUUCACACGGUAGGAGGAAAGUAUCAUACUGCUCUCCAGGCAGCUGUUGCCGGGGACAGCAUCGAGACUGCCCGAUUGUUGCUGAACGCCGGUGCGGACCCGAACGAAAAUGGAGGUGAAUAUGGAAGUGCCCUACAUGCCGCC